CUACUAUAUAAUAUAUUUAUAUGCUUUCAGAAUAUGUUUAGUUUUGUAGUAGUUACCUGUAUAGUCACCUAAGAUACACAUCCAAAGAAAACAUGAAGAUUCUUUUCGUGAUAUGUGCUUUCGUUCUGCUAGAAGCCGAAUUGCAGGAAAUCGGUUUGGGAGACAAUGUCCCUAUAGAAUUCUUUCUCAAUUUGAGCCCGAAACUGAUCAGGAUAAAGCCCAGUAUGAUAGGGGGCGCUGACUUGUCGCCUCAUCCUUACCCUUUUAUGGCAUUCCUGGUCAUCUACGAGAUAGACGGUGAAGGCAGAUGCGGUGGUACCCUCAUAAACCCAAGAUGGAUACUCACCGCAGCUCAUUGCGUUGGAAGCAAUCCCAGAUACAUUGACAUCUAUCUAGGAGUACAUAAGUUCACAAAUAUGAAAUCAAAAUCAAUUCAAAGAUUUCGAUCGACAUCAUACGUAAAGCACGCCGAAUACAAUGAAAGGUCUUUGGUGAAUGACAUAGCCCUAGUCAGACUGCCUAGAAGCGCAAUUUUAAACGAAUAUGUCAACGUUGUUCCUAUACCAGUUGAAACGAACACGUAUUCUGGAGAAAAUGGAAGUAUUCUGGGAUGGGGCAUAACAGAUGAAGGAGCAGUUUCCGAAACGCUCAACAGCGUCACUGUAGAAGUAAUAUCGAACGAAGCUUGCAUCAAGAAGAUGAAACAAUCAAUGAUAUAUCAGGAAAUAAUCCAGAGUCAUGUUUGCGCAUCAGGAGGAGAAGGUCCUGCAAAUGGCAGCUGUUUGGGAGAUUCGGGGGGGCCGUUAUUAGUAAACGGCAUCCAAAUAGGCGUGGUGUCUUGGGGCCAUUGCUGCUGCAGCUUGGGUUUGCCAUCUGUUUUCACCAGGAUGAACCAAUAUAACGGUUGGAUCGCAGAGAACGUAUAUUCUGAUCCAACCAGUAUUACAAAUACUUUACUAGGAAUCACAAUCGGUAUUGCUUCCUUUGCGCUGUUGUUUAUGUUCAGAUCGAAUAAACUGGUCGAAUAAAAUGGAGGUUACUUUUCAACACAAACGACAUAGGUUAAUAGC